AUGACGCUUACUCAGAAUGCUGAGUAUUCAGUGCAAAAUGGAAACAACAGGAAAAAAUCUAACCUUGCAAAUUGUUGCCAAUCAAUGUACUCUCAGUCAUCAGCAAGUGAGGACAGUAACCUGCUGAUUGAUACUCAGUUCAGCUUCCAACAGGUGAUCUGCUGUGAAGGGAACGCUGGCUUCUACGAGGUUGGCUGUGUCAGCACUCCACUAGAAGCGGGAUAUUCCGUACUGGGAUGGAACCACCCUGGGUUCGCAGGGAGCACGGGUGUACCUUUCCCACAGAACGAGGCCAAUGCUAUGGAUGUGGUGGUACAAUACGCCAUCCAUCGCCUGAACUUCAAGCUGGAAGACAUCAUUAUCUACGCCUGGUCUAUCGGUGGUUUCACAGCUACCUGGGCAACAAUGACCUACCCAGAAAUCAGUGCUCUGGUCCUGGAUGCUUCCUUUGAUGAUCUGGUACCCCUUGCCUUGAAGGUCAUGCCUGAGAACUGCAGAGGCCUGGUUACACGGACCGUUCGAGAGUAUUUGAACCUCAACAAUGCAGAGCAGCUAUGCAAGGGUGAUGCAGUCCCGCGGUGGUGCGCGGUGAUGGAAUGGCGGCUGUGGCUGGGCAGUUGCCAUCACCUUGGGGCAGGUUCUGAUGGUGAGCCCUGUGUUCUGCUGUCCCCAGCCUCUCUCUACAGUCGCUAUGAAGUGGAUGAUGACUGGUGCACCUCGGUCCUGCAGUCCUACAAGACAGAGCACGGAGGAGAGUUCCCCUGGACUGUCGGGGAAGACAUGACAACAGAAGGGCGGAGACAGCUGGCCAUAUUCCUGGCCCACAAGCCAUGGCCACUCAGCCCAUCGCCAUGCCACCGACCCUUCAAAAUUCCUAGUCCCACUUCAGCAGGCACCCCACGCUCCCCUUCCCCUCCCACACCCCUGCAGCCUCUUCAAGUCCCUGCCCAGUUUUCAGGGCAAGGUUUUCUGUGA